CAGAGUAGCAUCAAUGCCACCGCAGGGACAUGUGAACCGGACACGCCGCUCAACUGAUGCGAACUCCAGCGAGCACACGCCCGUGACCGCUCGGGCGAGGGCGAGUUCCAGCGCACCCGUGCCCCUGCCCUUGCUCACUUCAGCGAGGCAGAGCUCGAUUUGGUCGGGAAGUCGAGCGCCAAACCUUGCUAUGGCCCCCAGUGGCUUCGCAUCAAUGACCCAAUGCUGCAGGGCAUCUACAUAAUGAGCCCCGCAACCUCCUGCUACCUCCCGUUGUCGUCCUGCCCCGGCAAACGCCGCCGUGCGCCAAGCCAUCAUCCUGAAGCUCCCCUGUCACCCCCGCUUCGACUACAAGUUCUUGGUGAGCUAUGGUGUCCCCUUUUCCCGCUCUCCUGGCUAGCACAUGUGGCUAGUAUGAGUUGACGAGGACACAGGUGCGUUCGCGACACACAUGAUAUUUUUUUUACCUAGUUAGCUCUCGACUAGCAUGACGCAUCUGUCAAGAAGUGAUCAAACAGUGCAAAUCAGCCGAUCAAUGUUUUUUUGAAAAUGAAUUACGCAAUAAGCGAUGAAUUUUGUAAAAAAAUUAGGAACUAGGUAGUUUUAUGCAAAUCAAUUCGCCGAAAAUAUGAUAAUUUCCUACAAUUAACUCGACUCCAUAAAGAGAAAACCGCGAACACCACCUUAAACCCUCCCCGCGGCGGCCGUAUUCGGAGCUGCUGCCUCGCACUCGCACAACUUCGAGGGGAGCUGUUCGGGAAUCCCGCGGCGAGCGAAGCCCGGGGUCUCCGUCUCGUCGCUCCGUCGCGGCGAUGCCUCCUCCGACUAUCAGCAUAAAGGUGGCAACGGACGCAGAUUUAUCCUCGCAGAUUGGGAAAGAUGGCUUCUAUUUUGAUCUCGUCGAUUUCGACAGAGUAAGGGCUAUCCAGGUCCCGGAUAACAUGCCUAUAUCCCGAUUGAAGGAGGAAAUUGCAGUAGAAUUCAGCAUCCCAGUUCAAUCUCAACGCCUCUGGUUGUUUUGUAAAAGGCAAAACGAUACUUGCCGUCCUCACUCACCAUUUUCUACUGAAGAAAACAAUCUACUUGUGGGUGGCCUAUUGAUAGGAUCAGGUCUUCAUAGUGUGAAGCUGUUUUUGGAGGUGCUCAAUGCUUCUUCCCCACAAAAUCUGAGCAGCAACGAUGCAUUAGUGUUUUUAAAGCUUUAUGACCCAGAACAAGCACAAAUACGAUAUAUCAGAACGCUUUUUGUAAAAGCUUCAUCAAGGCCUUCAGAUAUUCUUCCGAAACUAAGAAAUCUAGCUGGUUUUUGUGCAGACGAAGAAAUGGAAUUGUAUGAGGAAAUCAAAUUCAACCCUUUUGUUAGGUGUGAUGCCAUAGAUGCCAAUAUUACCUUCUCAGGCAGCGAGAUUAGGCAUGGGGAUAUCAUUUGUUACCAGAAAAGUGCAAAGUCUUUGAGCCACCAGGCAUACCCUUCUGUUCCAAUAUUCUUCCAGAAUAUUUUGAAGGCAGUUGUUCUGGGGGGGCAAAGGAAGAUAUGUGCUCUGGAAGAGGAGGUUGUUAGAUUGAAACGUCAGUCUGACCUUCAAAUAGAGAAGGCAAAAAAGGAAUGUAAGCAAUUGAAACAUGAGCGAGACAAUGCGGUGCGACAGCUGAAUGAGCUGCAGGAUCAGAAUCCUCAGAUUAUUCUCGAGUUUCCCAUCACGAAUUUGGUAGAAGCAACGCAGAACUUCAGUGACCUGUGUAAGGUUGGAGACACCGAAUAUGGAAGCGUUUAUAAAGGCAUUAUACAGGACAACGCAGCAGCUAUCAAGCUAUCCAAAUCUGAUACUUUAUUUCAACAAGAGGUUUCUAUUCUUUGUCAAGGCAGACAUCCAAACAUUGUCGACUGCAUUGGAAAAUGUUCUGAAGUUUCAGCCCUUGUGUAUGAGUGGUUACCAAAUGGAAACCUUGAAGAUCACAUUGUUCGUGCUAAUGGAUCUCCAUCUCUCUCAUGGCACACCCGUAUGCAGAUCAUUGGUGAGGUUUGUUCUGCACUGCUUUUCCUGCACUUGCGUGCUUUGGUCCAUGGCGAUCUCCGGCCUUGUAACAUCUUUGUCGACGCCAACUUCAGAAGCAAGAUCUGCAACUUUGGUAUGUUAACCCUGUUUCUCCAGCCCGGCAACCACCAGUUAGACCUGACAGCAAGGCUGCCAUACCUGGACCCGGAGUUCCUCACCACCGGAGACCUCAUGCCGCUUUCCGACGUCUACUCUCUGGGUGUUAUAAUUCUGCGUCUUCUGACUGGAAUGCCUCCCUUGAGUAUUGCAAAGAAAGUUUCAGAAGCAUUGGAGAAUAAUAGCUUGCACACGCUGAUUGAUAAAUCAGCAGGGAACUGGCCAUAUGUACAAGCCAAGCAGUUAGCCGUCGUUGGUCUUAGCUGUGUGGAAAUGACGAGGGAAAAGCGACCUGAUCUCUUAACAGAAGUAUGGUCAGUUAUUGAGCCCCUUAUCAGGAAGCCUCCUGCAGCCUCAUGGCCAUGUGUCCAAUCAGCAGUUAGAGGAAGCUGCGCGCCUGAUCACUUGAUUUGUCCAAUUCUUAUGGAUAUUAUGAAGGAUCCUCAAGUGGCAUCUGAUGGAUUCACCUACGAAGCAGAAGCCAUAAGGCGCUGGUUUGAUGGCGGGAACAACAGGUCUCCGAUGACGAACUUGCCGCUAGCAAAUCAUGAUCUUGUCCCAAAUCUUGCCCUCCUCUCUUCUAUCCAGGAGUACCUUGAGCAGCAGAGGCAGCCAGCUUCCUGAACCUCAAUCUUCUGACGACAUUAAGGCAAUAGGGCUAUAUGUAUAUGUAUAACUGGCUGCGUAGGUAUCCUGUACAUUCGUGACCAGCUUACCUCUAGUUGAUCUUGUUAUAUUCACAAUCUGUAGCCGGAUUUUUUUUCCCCGAAACCAAGGACCCCUCCCUCUGGCGGCGGCGAUUAGGGUUUCGACGUGGAACACGACGGCGCUCGCUGAUCUCGUCGGCGAGGCGCGCGGGGCUUGGAUCGGGCGUGAUGGCAUCAUCUCAGCCUGUCGACGCCAACCAGAAGGAUGGGGGGAAGGGCUCCCCUCGGUCAGCAAGAACACAUCUCGAAGAGGCGUUGGGGAAGUUGGAUAUCUCUGAAGAAGAAGCCACGCCGCUGAUUCUGGAUGAUCGCGUGGAAGGAGGCCCGGCGAAGUGGUUGCUGGCAGGCAAGAUCUUGCACCGUAAUCUGUACCAUAUCCAGACGAUCACCAACGCCCUUCGCC